AUGAUGAAUGAAAUCGAGAUGAAUGGCUCAAAUGGAUACCCUCUAGCCCCUCCAGCUCCUCCGUCAGACUUUAUUGAACGUCCUCCCUCACCACCACCUCCACCUCCCGAGGACUCAAGUGCUCCUCCGCCGCCGCCAGAUGCUGCAGCCCCUCCACCCCCCCCAGAUGCUGUAGCCCCUCCUCCUCCCCCGGAUGAUAUACCACCUGCUCCGCCCAUUGAAGCAACUAAAAAGAAGCAAGGAUGGGGAUCGAAGCGCCCGGCUGCGGCCCCGUUAAGUGUGGAGGAUCUCAUCCGCAAGAAGAAGGAAGCAGAAGCUGCGGCUGCGAAGCCAAAAUUCCUGUCCAGAGCGCAGCGCGAGAAAUUGGCACUAGAAAAGCGGGCGAAAGAGGUAGAGGCCGAACGACAAGCAAAGGCGCCAACGAACGGCGCUGAUCGCAUUGGCUCCUUGUCCCGGGCACCAUCAUUCACAUCCGAAGACACGGACAACGAUCGCAGAAAUACAAAUGGAAGAGUCCCGACAGGACCACGCUCAAUGCGUGGCGAUGCGCCGUCAGGACCAGCUGCUAUGCGAGGGCGCAAUCACGACAUGGACCCUCCUCCACCUCCACAAAGAGGAGGAAAGAAAUCUCAGGCUGAUAAACGACCUGCAAAGAAAGAUGAAGCCGAGACAGAGGCAGAAUUAAUCAAGAAACGAUACAUGGGAGUAGAGCAAGCAUCGAGCUUUUCUGCGCAAAAGAAGCGCAAGCGCACCACAGACAAGAAAUUUAACUUCGAAUGGAACACCGAGGAAGAUACCAGUGGUGACUACAAUCCGCUAUAUCAGCACCGACAGGAAGCAAACUUCUUCGGGCGAGGCCGCUUGGCUGGAUUUGGGGAUGAUGUUGCGGACAGUGUGACGCGCAAAUACGCGCAAGCAAUCCAGUCUCGGGAUCAAGAAUCCGGCAGCAUGCGCGCGAAAGAAAUGCUGGACAUGGAACGCCGUCGUCGUGAGGAGAGCACACGUCACCAGCUGGACAAGCACUGGAGCGAGAAGGAACUGAGCCACAUGCGCGAGCGUGACUGGCGUAUCUUCAAGGAAGAUUUCAAUAUCGCCACCAGGGGUGGCAGUGUGCCCAAUCCGAUGCGUUCGUGGAGCGAGAGCCAGCUUCCGCCGCGCUUGCUGGAGCUUAUUGACCGGGUUGGUUACAAGGAACCCACUGCUAUCCAGCGCGCCGCCGUUCCCAUCGCCAUGCAAUCGCGUGAUCUCAUCGGUGUUGCCGUGACAGGUUCCGGUAAGACUGCUGCGUUCUUGCUACCGCUUCUUGUCUACAUCUCGGAACUUCCUCGUCUUGAUGAGUUUGAGUGGCGCAAGAACGAUGGGCCCUAUGCUAUUGUUCUAGCGCCUACUCGUGAAUUGGCUCAGCAGAUUGAGAUUGAAGCCAAGAAAUUUACACAGCCUCUUGGUUUCAAUGUUGUCAGUAUUGUCGGUGGACAUUCGCUCGAGGAACAAGCCUACAGUCUGCGCGAUGGUGCAGAAAUCAUCAUUGCUACCCCUGGUCGUCUGGUUGAUUGUAUUGAGCGACGAAUGCUGGUUCUCAGUCAGUGCUGCUACGUGAUUAUGGAUGAAGCAGAUCGCAUGAUUGAUCUAGGAUUCGAGGAGCCUGUUAACAAGAUCCUGGACGCUCUGCCUGUCACUAAUGAAAAGCCUGAUACCGAAGAAGCUGAGAAUCCGCAAAGUAUGAGUCAACACCUUGGAGGCCGAGACAGGUACCGCCAGACUAUGAUGUACACAGCCACUAUGCCCGCAGCCGUUGAGCGCAUUGCCCGGAAGUACCUUCGACGUCCUGCCAUCAUCACUAUUGGCGGCGUUGGUGAGGCCGUCGAUACGGUCGAGCAACGCGUGGAAUUCGUUCCUGGCGAAGACAAGCGGAAGAAGCGUCUUGCCGAAAUUCUCCAAUCAGGCGAGUUCCGAGCUCCUAUCAUUGUUUUCGUCAACAUCAAGCGAAACUGUGAUGCUAUCGCUCGAGAAAUCAAGCAAAUGGGCUUUUCUUCCGUUACUUUACACGGUUCGAAAACGCAAGACCAACGUGAGGCUGCCCUUGCCUCUGUCCGCAACGGUUCAACGGAAGUCUUGGUCGCAACCGAUCUUGCUGGACGUGGUAUUGAUGUUCCGGACGUGUCCCUCGUCGUCAACUUCAACAUGGCCACAUCGAUCGAAAGUUACACUCACAGAAUUGGUCGUACCGGUCGUGCAGGAAAGAGUGGUGUUGCCAUCACAUUCCUUGGUAACGAAGAUAGCGACGUUAUGUACGAUCUCAAGCAGAUGCUCAUCAAGUCACCCAUUUCCCGCGUUCCCGAGGAACUACGCAAGCACGAAGCUGCGCAAUCCAGACCUCAUCGUGGCCCUGGAAAGAAGAUCGAGGAUAGUUCAGGGUUUGGUGGCAAGGGUGGCUGGGCUUAG